AGAGAGAGAGAGAGAGAGAGAGAGAGAGAGAGAGAGAGAGAGUCGGGCGUCAACGAUCCUUCGUCGCGUAACAAACGCCCGCUCCGUCGAACGAUGUAAUUACGUGUGAUAGAAGAUUGGCCAUAUCAGCAAUACGAGACACGAGACUCAAGACGAUCACGACUGUUACACAUCGGAAUUCUGCGAGGAUUCUGUGACCCUAUGGCGGAAAAAAUGUAUUACUGGGGCGAGGAGAAGGAUCAAGUCGACCCUGACCAGACCUUCAUAGAGUUCAAGGCCAAGUCGGUGGGGACGGAGAAGAGACGCGAGGCGACCCGUUCCGUGCCGAAAAUGACAGUGUCUUCGCCACAGGGGAAAAUGACCGAGAUUGCCGGAAACCGGGAGGAAGACGCCGAGCGCGGCGGUUGGGAUAACAAACUCGACUUCCUGUUUUCUUGCAUCAGCGUGUCCGUGGGCUUGGGAAAUGUCUGGCGGUUCCCUUACCUCUGUUACAAAAACGGCGGCGGUGCUUUCUUGAUCACUUACGGUAUUGCGAUGCUGUUCUGCGGAAUCCCCAUAUUUUUUCAAGAAGUCGCUAUCGGACAAUAUCUCGGAGCUGGUGGAAUGUCGUUAGUGGGACAACUGUGUCCCCUCUUGCAAGGUGUAGGAUAUGCCACGAUGACCAUUGUAUUCUUCCUCGACGUGUACUAUUGCAUAAUUAUCUCUUGGACACUUUUCUACCUCAUAAGCACGUUUGUGAAUUUACCCGAAGUACCUUGGAGAGGAUGUGACAAUUGGUGGAACACGGAUGAUUGUUUCGACGCGACUGAAGGAAGCAAAAGUAUACACGGAAGAACAAACUACACAACUACCAUCGAAAAUAAUACCUGCCACCACACUACACCGGUGGAAGAAUACUGGGAGCAACGAGUUCUCGGCAUUACAUCCGGCAUUGAGACUAUCGGCAAUAUCCAAUACGAGCUUCUGGGCUGCCUGGUUGUCGGCUGGCUGCUCGUUUACUUUAUCAUCCGGCGCGGUCUUCAUCAGAGCGGUAAGAUCAUCUGGUUUUCAGCCUUGUUCCCGUACGUGGUGCUUUUCAUUCUUUUGGGAAGAGCGGUGACGUUGGAGGGUUCCUACGACGGUUUGCUUUACUACGUGACGCCGCGAUGGAAGGAAUUGCUCACGCCCGGGCCAUGGAUAGACGGCGCUACCCAGAUCUUCUUUGCCUACAGUAUUGGCACCGGUGCCCUGCCCGCCUUGGGCUCCUAUAACAAGUUUCAUCACAAUUGCUACAGAGACGCAAUAAUCACUUGCGUAGUCAACACCCUGACGUGUCUUCUGGCCGGUUGCGUAACCUUUUCGAUACUGGGUCACAUCGCCCAGGAACAGCAAACGCAGGUGUCCGAGGUCGUCAAGAGCGGGCCUGGUCUCGUGUUCCUUACGUAUCCCGAAGUCGUUCUCAAGCUACCCGGUGCUUCCUUGUGGGCCAUUAUAUUCUUCAUUAUGCUGCUCAUACUCGGCAUCGACAGUGAAUUCUGCAUCGUGGAGUCUUUCAUAACGGGCAUGGUCGACUACUGGCCGGAUCGACUUCGUCCUCACAGAAUCAAGUUCACCAUCGCCAUCUGCCUGAUAAUGUUCGCCCUGGGAAUCCCGAUGGUCACGAACGGUGGAAUCUACAUCUUCCAAUUGAUGGACUUCUACUCCGCGAGCGGGAUGUCCAUUCUGUGGGUGUGCUUCUUCCAGACGAUCGCGAUCUCAUGGAUAUUCGGGGCGCAGAAGUUCUGCGACUGUGUGCACCAGAUGAUGGGCAUUCGACUGAACAAGUUCUGGUACAUAUGCUGGGUGCUGCUCGCGCCGGUCAUCAUGGCCUUCAUCUUCGUGUUUCAAUGCGUGCAAUACAAGCCGCUCAAAUACGGCAGCAACUACGAAUAUCCGACGUGGGCAGAAAUAGUGGGUGUGUGUCUGAGUCUGUCAUCUAUGAUCUGGAUACCGGCGUAUGCAGUGUAUUACGUGAUAGUCACACCGGGAUCGAUCAAGGAGAACAUCCUAAAGGGUAUGCAACCCAACAUAAAAUCGCACGCGAAACUACCGAAGGGCGAGAAGUCGGCCGUGAUACCGAUGUCGGAGAGCAGCGCAGGUUUAAUCACGAAAAAUAACAGUUUCCUCAGUCAAACAUGAUUGGCGCUAGCGAUCACUUUAAACUCGUGUUAGGGGAGUUACGUUUAUCUUAAAAAUAAUAUUUAUAGUAAGAUAAAUAUAAAUAUAUAUAUAUAUAUAUACAUAUAAAGUGAGUCCAGCGCACACAACUGGGCGUUCAGUAGUAAUUUGUGUCAAAGUGGACGCGUGUCGAACCGAACUCAGUUUCUUUCGUCUCGUAUGCUCAGUUUCGCAGCGAUCGUCACACACAGUUGUUUCUUUAACGAUAAGUCGUAUAGCAUGACGUUUAUUUACUGACGUAUUUCUGGAAUGUCAGAGAUUCCUCUUGAUCCUUUAAUGGCUGGGGUCCGAUCGUGGGCUUCCGACAUCGGAACAAUCUCGAGGAUUCCCUCGUUUGAGAAAAAAGAACAUGAGCUUUCAAAGUCCUCUCUUUCAGGUUCGUCUUCUCACUUCACCAUCUGUCGAGAUUCUCACACAGCGUCGAAGCGUAAAUCAUCAUCUCGCGAAUCGCGCUGAAAAUUUCGUCAUUCGAAUGUCCCGUCGACGCGCAACAACCCGCACCAGCCGUUAAAGUUUUAAGAUGGAGAGUUUCGGGUGACGAGAGAAUUAUUUGAGGAACGCGAUUCAAUGAUUCGUAUGUGUUGACCAAGCCGAUAAGAUACUCAGUAAAAAGCGUGUAAUAAGCGGAGGGGGGAGUGCUUAGGGAGAGGCGGAGAAUGUACUUUAGAAAUAAUAAUAGUAUACCGCUAGUAUUCAGAUACCUAUUUAUGGGGACAAUUUAAAAGAAGUAUAUUUUUAUAUCGCGAUCACGUCGCGAUAAUUGUAUGAAUUUUUAACGGAGAAAUCGUUUGGUUGAUGAUUCCGACUGGUUUAACGCGAUGGACGACCACCGAGAUCUCUCGCGCGUACACGACGACGAUGCACUCGCGAGGUGCAUCAGACGCGGUCGAAGGGUCUCCCCGGCAGAGAGCGCAUCGAGAGGUUCGCAGCAGCUCUACGAAGUAUUACAUAGAAGCAUAGCGCGUAGAAUAUAAGUAUGGGUACUGGCAGUUACUAAAAUAUACUCAAUACACACCGAAGUACAAGUAAGACGUGGUAAAAGUCUAAUUUUUGUUACUCGCGUUCGAAUGUCGAAGUGGCUCGGCGCGCUCGUCGGGACGAGGCGAACCUCCGAGACUUCGACCAGUCGCGAUCAUCAGCCGGACCGUAGCAGAAAAUGCGAGAUAUUUCUAUUAACGAAGUUUUAGCGCAGUUUGCACUGCAUUCUGCUCUUCGACAACACAACUUUUCGAGGAUACCUUUUCGUUCCACGCGUUUCACACUUGUAGAGCGUGCGUUAUGAUAAGCGCGUUUACGAUGUGACGCGCGUGUAGUUAGAACGAUAUAUCGUUUUCCGCCGCUGUUUACUCGACCGAGAAUUCAGUUCCCCUCGGGAGAAAUCGAUGUGCUAACGCCGCUGAUUUCGUUACCGUUCCCCGUUUUGUACGGCUAAGGUACUUCCUUCAAUGCGCAGAAAGUGCGGAAGAGCGGUUCAAGUUUGCAACUAACGUCACGAGCAACAAGCAUUCCGGUGUCCGGGAGGACACGUCUAACAGCAGUAUUUGAUGAAACCGAUGUUACAUUUAGAGAGUAUGUUAGAAUUAUUCGAAUGAUACUUUUAUUCCGUAAGCGAUGUUAAGCUGUUUAAUCCUCUGGAGCAGAGUCUUGACCUCUCUAUUCGAUCGAUUCGAACGUCAAAAAGUAUCCUUUGUAAAAAUUCACCACUGUACAAAGUCGAAAUUUUAGUCUCAUCUGAUGAUUUUUAAUUUAUUAUAUAUUUUCGUCACUCGCGCGCGUAAAUAUCUGAUUGUUCCUGAAGUUCUCGUUUGCCGACGUAAGGGUAUAUUUUUCGUUCGGAGGAUUUCUCGUUUCGCUCGAAAUACAAAAGCAAUAAAGAUAAAGAUACACACACACACACACACACAGACACACAUACGAUACGAGGUGAGCGCUUUUUCAAAUACCGGCCUAAUUCUGUGCAGUAUUUCCUCCUUGUUUAGCCUGUAGGGUACUCUUAAUCGCGUACGCUAUUUGUCGAAGUGUUACAAUUGUUGACGUUGUACAAUACUGAGAAGUAGCUGAUAGCUUAACGCGACGUUCGUUUCUAUUUUAGUACCACCGUUGUUGCGACGCAAAGUACUUCCAAUAGUAAGGUUAAGAAGCGAGCGAUAUUAUAAGCCAGUUGGAUCUGCGUUGAACAACAUGCAUUCGUAAGAAAGAAGAAAAAAAAAUGAACGGCAAGAUUGAUUUGUGUAAUUACGUUUUCGCGCUCGAUACAUCGGCAGAGUCGCGAUCGGUGUAUCUGAAAAUCGGCGGUGCGAGAGACCCGACGACGACUGUUUCGCGAACGAUCGCACCGCAAACGUGACGUUCGCAAACGUGACGUGCCGGCCGCGAAUCGAUCAUUCCGUUAUCAAUCGACGAGUUCAGUCCAGUGACACACGCGGUGACAUACGUAUGAGAAAAAAAGAUUCUUUCACAGCCGUCUCACGAGAGCAAAGGACAACACUGCGACCGUACGCGUAACGUUGCAAACACACUUGUUCAACGCAUGAUAAGCGUGAUAAACGUGUUUUCCACAUGACUGUAUCUUAUAGGUGUGACUCUAUGUGACGUACCAGCGCAACCGUGGAUUGUGCUGGCAGAAAUUUUACGCUAUUAUACUUGUUUCACGGUGAUAUCCGCGUGAACGCUCGCGCGACCGCCGCGGACCGUUUGGCGAUCGUCGGCGCGAGUGACUCGAUUAAUAAUGGCUCUAUGAAUCGGUGUUCGCAGCUAGAAGAAUUCGUACAAAGAAUUAAGUGUUACACGAAUUAUAUUUCUAUAUGCAUAAAUAUAAAUAUAAAUAUAAAUAUAUAUAUAUAUAUAUAUAUAUUACGUGCACGUUUUAUAUACGGCGUAUUAUAAUAUGUACGAAGAGAAUCAAAAAAAGGGAAAAAAAAAGAAAAAGAACGAGAGAUCUGAGCCCGAGCAGUAUUGUUUUUGUAAACAGAAAUUAAAUGCGAUUACGAAGGAGAAACGAAGCUGCCCUUUCAUUGCCGCGAGAUUUGCCCGGAAUCUAAACGAAUCCUUGAUUCUCCGUUCUUACGCGUUCGACGCACGACGAGAGGAACCGCUUGAGUCGUUUUUACGUUGCACAUUGCGUGAGAUUGUUAUUGGGGAUUUACGCACGCACAUUUACUUUCAAGUGUCUCGCGAAGCACGUAUACGAUUUUCUAUCGAACCUUACUGAGAUUGCAAAAUUUCGUUAAAUGUUAAAGUACGUUUAGAUUUAGAGGACGUAGAUUUGUUGUCAUUUUAGAAGAUAAACACUCGACGCACUUUAUCAUGGAACGAUAAUGCCUCGGCUGCAUUUCGAGGAAACUAUUUUUCCAAAGCGACACGAUACCCUCGAUGUCGUGGUGUACGGAUUGCAGGAUUUAUUCAGAAAUUUUCCGAGAUUCUCUGACCAAAAUUUUCCGGGAUAACGUAUCGUAUCGUAAAACUUAUCGACCGCGUCAUUACGCAUUUACGGCGUAUCUUGAGAGCCACAAACGUUUCUAUGUUUCACGGAUUAUGAGAAAUGUGUGACAGAGUGAGAUAGUGUGUAAGAGAACUUUCAAAGACGUUUCCAAAGAAGCGGAGGUAGAAAUUUGAGUCGCAAUGUUGUACGUUCUCGAGAGUCACGAAAUUCCUUUGAAUCAGUGAGUUUAUUUACUUUCGAAGCGAUUUCAUUUGGAUUGAAACGCAUUAUUUGCGGUAUAUUACUUGCGAGUGUAUAUUUACUUAAUGCAUUGGAUGUUUCGCAUAUUCACGAAAUUAUAUAUAUGUUUCCGGCUAAAUUGUAACGAUAUAUGUACUUCAAUAAAUACUAACGCCUA